AUGGAGGACGCGUGUGGCCGCACGACCGCGGCCGUCACGUCCUGCUGGGGCCGGUUCGGCGUGGCGGUGCUGUGGCGCAGGCUCAGGCGCAUGACCUGGACACGCCGGGGCUACCGAACGUACGUCCUCGGCGCCGGCGGCCUCAACUACGACCCGCUCAGCUACUCCCAGAACUUCGACGACGGCAAAGUCUGCGAGUGCGAGCCCGACUUCCUGGCCAGGUACGCCCUCGCGCAGCUCGCCGGCUUGCCGGGGCAGGCGGAGGCACCAUCGAAUCCUUCGCCCCGGCCGGCGCAAGUCUCCGGCAUGAAGAGCCAUGGGGGCAAGGGGCAGCCGAAGAGCCUCGCAGCCGCCUUCCUUGCAUUCGCGCGGACUUCCGGCGGCGGCGAGGAUGCGAGAUGA